AUGGCCACCACUCAAAUUUUGCAGAGAUCCAACACCAAAGUUGAAGAAUUUGCAAGAGCCAUUGUAGAAAAGGAAUUUGUUCCAAAUAUCAUCGUGAAUAAUGCAGCUUUGAUCAAUAGAAAUGGUAAAAUAUGGGAAGUGGAUGCGCAAGAAUUUGAUAAUGUGAUUGAUACCAACGUGAAAGGAAUAGCGAAUAUUAUGCGCCAUUUCAUUCCUCUUAUGAUUUCUAAGAAGCAAGGGAUUAUCAUCAACAUGUCUUCUAUUUCGGGGAGAACUGCACAUGCACUGUGUUCACCAUAUUGUGCAUCAAAAUGGGCGGUUGAAGGAGUAAGCAAAGCGGUGGCAAAAGAAGUCCCAGAGGGAGUGGCAAUUGUGAGCUUAGAUCCGGGCAUUAUAUAUACUGAUAUGUUGGUCUCUUGUCUUGGUCAUUUUGCUCCACAAUAUCAAUCCCCUCAACAUUGGGCUUCCAAAGCAGCAACCAUGAUUCUUAAUCUUACUCCACUAGACAAUGGAGCAUCUCUGGCCGUUGAAGAUCCAGGCACUUUGCCCAAUCUUGAAUAAUUUUCUCUUUAUUUAUAAAUUUAAUCUUUAAAAUAUUGUAAAAUUUUGAAGCGAAUAACGCUAAUAAUGUAGUUUCCAUUUGUGUUAUUGCAAGUAUUUGUAUAUCAAAUUCCAUUUUUAUGAAAUCUUUAAAUUCAUCACA